CCAUGUCUGGUUGGGUUCUCUGUCAAAAGCUUUUCCAAUCAACCCAUGCAAUGCAAAUCUGUUUGCCCAAUAAAUUUUUUUAAUAUUUUAGUGGAUCUCAACUUCAGCAAUCAACCAACUUACUCAAAGCUCUGCUCAGUGGGGGCUGUGCUCUGCUGCUCUUCUGCAACCCCCAAAAAGAAAAAUAAGAGGAAGAGAAUCUAUGGUGUUCAAUCCUUUCCAAGAAGAUCUGUUUCUUUGAUUAGGGAGUUCAGUUUGAGCAAUUGAGGCCAAGAUGAGAUCUGUAGAGGACAAGAACUGCUACGCCAAUGGACCAUCCCUAGAGGUUCCGGGCAACGGGGCGGCGAGUAGUUUCGAGUUCCACCGAGGGAAUGGGAAUAACCGCUCUUCCCAUCACCGGAUGGCCUUGGGGAAGCCUACUCCGUCGAAGUGGGACGAUGCCCAGAAAUGGCUCAUCGGGCUGUCCAGGACGGGAGAGUCGAAGAACAACAGCCAAGCCAAGGCCAAGCCGAGGAACUCAAACGCCGAUGACCUGAGGCUCAUUGCCCCGGUUCCUCAGAGGGAGCAGGGAUGCUCGAGUGGAGGGGAGGAGGAGGAAGAAGAUGGAGAAUAUGGGGCCCAUAUGCAGGUAAAGACGAAGAAGGUGGACUGUGCCGACGAGUCGAUAUGGAGGAUAAACAAGCCCUCGAACUUGCAGGGCCCGGUGCCAUCCUCAGUUGUGAGGUCGAUCUGCGUGAGGGACAUGGGCACGGAGAUGACCCCGAUCGCGAGCCAAGAGCCAUCAAGGACUGGGACUCCUAUCAGGGCUUCUACUCCAGUGGGUCGGAGCCCUAUAAAUUCGGGAUCUUCCACUCCCGUGCGGAGUAAUGAGAACCAUCAACAUCAAAUGCCAGUGGAAGGUAGAGGACAGUCCGUCACUACUAGUUCAGGUGGUUGUGAGAACAGCAACCUGGAUCAGGCAAGGAAGUUGAAUCCUCUUGAGACCCGUGCAAUGGCUUGGGACGAGGCCGAGCGUGCCAAGUACAUGGCGAGGUACAAGAGAGAGGAAGUGAAGAUACAAGCAUGGGAAAAUCAUGAGAAGAGGAAAGCUGAGAUGCAAAUGAAGAAAAUGGAGGUGAAGGCAGAAAGAAUGAAAGCUCGGGCACAGGAGAAACUGGCAAACAAGCUCGCAGCGACUAAAAGAAUAGCCGAAGAGAAGCGGGCGAAUGCAGAGGCUAAGUUGAAUGAGAAAGCUGCGAGGACUUCUGAGAGAGCAGACUACAUAAGGAGGACCGGUCAUUUGCCCUCUUCAUUCUCACUGAAGCUGCCUUCCUUUUGCUGGUAGCUAAUACAUAUGUGAUAUUGCAGUCUUCUAUUCUCCUUUCAACAUGUAAAAUACGAAUGGUAAUUUGUUUUCGCUCAGUUUUUUUGAUUAUUUUGUGAAAGACAUGUCAGGUUCGGAAUGGUUAAUAAUAUGUAUUUGUGCCAUCUCCUGAUGGCUGUUCCGACUUGGGCCAAAAAAAUAUUUUUCUACUAA